AUGGCCUUGAGAGCUUCAUCCUCCGUGCCCUUGCCUUCUACUCCGACUUCGCCCGCCCCGCCACCCAAAUCAAUUCUUGCUCCAUCUAAAUUCAACACAUCGUCAAGGUCGCACCAAUUGACCCUACCCAAUCCCUUAUCACUCUCUGCAACUGCGAUUCUGCCUCUAUUUGUUCUCUUUCCAACUCCUCAUGAAGCCCGAGCUCAGGUUCUUCCUACAGACCAGAUUGUUUCUACUCUAACUCAGGUCGAGUCGACAAUCGAUGGAAUCCAAGAGUUGGGGUCGGUUUUUUUCAGUAGUGCAGGGCAGGUGCUUGGGGCUGUGACGAAGGCUGCGAAGCCGGGUAUUGACGUGGCUUUGCCCAUCUUAGAGGGAGCUGGAAAGCAGGUUGUGAAGAUCGCUUCUCCUCUGCUUUCAGAUGCUUCCAAUAAAGCACAGGAAGCCAUUCAGAGUACUGGGAUCGACACUCAGCCGAUGAUAAAUGCAGCUAAGACGUUUGUUGACGCUGCUCAGCAAACAACGAAGUUGAUUGAGGAGGCAAAGCCCAUAGCUGUUUCCACUGUUGAAACCAUCUCAUCGGCAGAGCCUGCUUUAAUUUUGGGUGCAUUAGUUUUUGGAUAUUUGUUACUUCCUCCAGUCCUUUCUACAAUAUCCUUCAGCCUUCGGGGUUACCAGGGUGACUUGUCUCCUGCUCAAGCCUUGGAUCUGAUGUCCAAAAUGAACUAUAUUAUGGUUGAUAUAAGAUCAGAGAAGGAUAAAGCCAAGGCUGGUAUUCCGCGCUUUCCUCCAAGUGCCAAGAACAAGUUGAUAUCCAUUCCUUUAGAAGAGUUGCCCAACAAGCUCCAAAGUCUUGUAAGAAGUGCCAAGAAAGUCGAAGCUGAAAUGGUGGCACUUAAGAUAUCUUACCUAAAGAAGAUCAAUAAAGGUUCCAACAUUGUAAUAUUGGACUCCUAUUCUGAUUCGUCUAAAACCGUAGCGAGAACCUUGACGAGACUCGGGUUCAACAACUGUUGGAUUAUAGACGAUGGUUUCUCGGGGAGGAAAGGCUGGCUCCAGAGCCGCUUGGGAAUAGAUUCUUAUAAUUUGUCUGCUGCUCAAGUUGUAUCACCAUCACGAGUUAUUUCAACUGCUGGCUCACGACUCGGUACAACGAGAUCAUCCAAGUUGCUGCCAGGCGGCUUUGAUUGA